CCCAGGGCUGGGCAUUGGAGAGUCUCGAUGUCCUACGGCGGCUACGAUGGAGGUGGCGGCGGCUACGGCGGCGGCGGCGGCGGCGGCUACGGUGGCGGCGGCUACGGCGGCGGCGGCGGCGGCGGCGGCGCGCAAGGCGCCGUGCGCCCUGGCGACUGGACCUGCCCGAGCUGCAACGCCAACGUAUUUGCCUCCAAGAUGGCCUGCUUCCGCUGCCAGACGCCAAAGCCGGGCGGCGAGGGUGGCGGCGGCGGCGGGUACGGCGGCGGCGGGUACGGCGGAGGGGGCACCAACGUCAGACCGGGCGACUGGACCUGCCCGCAGUGCAAUUCGAACGUCUUUGCCUCCAAGACGAACUGUUACCGCUGCGACACGCCAAAGCCGGGGGGCGGCGGCGGCGGAGGAGGCUACGGUGGCGGUGGCGGCGACAGGUAUGGCGGCGACCGGUAUGGCGGAGGCAACCGCAGCGGCUACGGAGGCGGCGAUCGCUAUGCUGAUCGCGGGUACGGCGACCGCGACCGCGGCGACCGCGGCGACCGCGGCGAUCGUGGCGGCGGCGAUCGCGGCGGGUACGGCGACCGCGGCGACCGUGGGGAGCGCCACAAGAGCUCUGGAGACGAAUUUCGCGGCGACUUCUCCGCCAUGAUAUCCAAGCCGCGCGACCGCUCUCGUAGCCGCUCGCGCUCGCGCGACCGCAAGCGCUCCCGCGACCGAGGCCGCGAAGAUCGCGCUGAGGCCUAGAGCUCGCGCCUGCAUGCGACCGAGGCUGCUUGG